AUGAUGAUUGCAAGGGCGCUGUUUUUAGCGCUAUGGGGCGCGUGUGCCGCCGCGCUAGCUCCGCUCGCCAUUCCAGCCGACGACGACUGUGCGCUAUACCUCAAUGGGCCCGGACGGUCGUCGGCCUACGACUACAGCCUCAAUCUACUGAAAGGAAACUUCGCUUCAUACGUGACCAUACGUACGACCAAGAUAUUUAGUACAUCCAGGUGCUUACCUAACGGCUUCGCGCUCUCCGAUAUCGUUUGUUCACUGCACACGGUCGGUCUGGAGCCUGUACUUAGCUGUGAUCUCAGUGUCUAUGACGGUCAGCACACCUGCAUCACCUAUGACGCUAUCAACAAAGCGUACCUUGACGCAAGAAAUAGAAUCCUCGUAGCGCAGCCAAAGGGAGACUGGAAACCUGAGGAUUUCGCAAGCGUCGGUGAAUUGGUACUGGAUAUUUCGAUCCAAUUGGCCAGAACAUACGGCUUGACGUACGAGGAGAUUGAGAAGGGGCUGCCACUCAUCGACACCUCGCGUACGCUCAUCCGUGAGGUGUGUCCACCAGUGUUCUCCCACGUGGAAUGCCGUGCCGGCAAGUACCGCCGCUUGGACGGGCUCUGCAACAACCUGCAACACCCCACGUGGGGGGCUACCAUGGCGCCAUUCCAAAGAUUGAUCGGACCGUUAUUCUCUGAUGGUAUCAACGCACCGCGUAUCUCACAUACCGGCCGCGACCUGCCGCUAUCUCGGGUGGUGUCGAGGACUAUGCACCCCGAUGACGGAUUCCACGACCACGCGGGAACCGUGAUGGUCAUCGCUUGGGGGCAGUUCAUGGACCACGAUUACACCCUCACUGGGACGCCACUCGAAGAGUGCUGCAAACGCCCACCACACCUUAAACAUCCUUACUGUAACGAAAUCAGAAUACCAGAAGAUGACUACUUCUAUCGCUUGUUCGGCGUCAAAUGCAUGGACUUCGUGCGUGGGUUCCCUUCACCCAGACCAGGAUGUCGUCUCGGUUCGAGAAUUCCGUUCAACACGUUGACUGGCGUUAUAGACGGAAACACCGUAUACGGAGUCACCGACAAGUUCUCCAGAAAGCUACGUACAGGUUAUGGAGGAUUGUUACGCAUGAAUCCCGUUUUUAAGGAAUAUGGUCUCAAGGACUUGCUACCAUUGAAACUGGAUAUUCCCGACGAAGGUUGCACACGUCCGAACAAAAACAUGUACUGCUUCGAAGCUGGCGAGAUCCGUGUCAACGAGCAGUUGGUACUAACGGUUAUGCACACGCUUAUGGCGCGCGAGCACAACCGCGUCGCGGAAGCUUUGGCCGGUGUCAACCCGCAUUGGGACGACGAAACCCUGUUCCAAGAAGCCAGGAGGAUCAACAUCGCCGAAAUACAGCACAUCACCUUCAACGAAUUCCUGCCGAUAUUACUAGGAAAAGACGUCAUGGAGAAGUUCGGCUUGGUGCUGGAGAAGCAGGGCUAUUGGAAUGGAUACGAUCCGGAAGUGAACCCGGAUGUGCUCGCUUCAUUCGCAGCUGCCGCUUAUCGAUUCGGACACUCGCUACUACCGACAGCGGUUGAAAGAUGGUCCAAAGCUCAUAAGUUUAUCGCCUCAAAACGGCUCUCCGACCUCAUUCGAAGGCCGUACGACUUGUACAGGGCUGGAGUUCUCGACGAAUACAUAAUGGGCUUGAUGAAUCAAGUGGCACAGGCCAUGGACGAUUCGAUCACGCAAGAAGUUACGAACCAUCUGUUUAAGAAAGUGGGCGCCCGAUUCGGAAUGGACUUGGUGUCCUUGAACAUGCAAAGAGGUCGUGAAUUCGGGCUGCCCGGUUACAUGGAGUUCAGAAAAUUCUGUGGGCUUUCCGGCGCCGAGACUUUCGAGGAGCUGUUUGGCUCCAUGCCUAACGAGACCGUACGAAAGUAUGAGACAAUAUUUGAGCAUCCAAUUGACGUCGAUCUGUGGUCAGGUGGCGUGUCUGAACGCCCCCUACCAGGUUCAAUGCUUGGACCAACAUUCGCUUGCAUAAUCGCUACACAGUUCUCUUACUCGAGGCGUGGUGAUAGAUUCUGGUUCGAACUACCUCACCAACCCUCGUCAUUUACGCCGGAACAGCUUUCUGAAAUAAGAAAAUCCCGACUCGCACGAAUUAUCUGCGACAACACUGAUAUCAUUGACACCGUCCAACUUUACCCCAUGGUUUUACCCGAUCAUGAACUG